ACGCCAUGCUGUUCCCUGCCCAUGGUGCGUGAUUACCACCAGUGGAUGGGUGGAGUGGAUAUCCACGAUCAACUCCGACUCCAGCCCUAUUCUCUGCAAGGGCAGACGUCGUGCAAGAAGUACUACAAGUCUAUCUUCUUAAGACUGGUAGACGUGGCAAUCGUGAACGCCUACAUCGUAUUCCGGGAGGCGGCCAAGCGCAUGGAUCUCAAGCCAGCUUCGCAUGCCGAACUUUUGCUGGAGCUACACGCCCAGUUAUUGCAGCUCAAGAAAUAA